UUUUGGGCGGGUCUGGCCCCCAGGGCUGGGAGUGAAUUCAAGCCGCGGGUGGUACUAGUGGAGGAAAGCUGCCUCGCCGCAGGGCCGGACUAGGACUGGCCUGUGCGGCCGCAGCAGAGGCGCGGGUCCCGGGAGGCCCUGGCCGACUCAGCGGAGAUGUGGAAUCCCCUGCGCGAGAACGACUCAGCUGCAGUUGCGGGGCGCCGCCCGCGCUGGCUUUUCACGGGGGCGCUGGUGCUAGCCUCCGGCCUCUUUAUCCUCGGCUUCCUCUUCGGAUGGUUUAUAAAAUCUUCCAAUGAAGCUACAAACAUUGUUCCACAGAAUGGUCUGAAGAAGGUAUUUUUGGAUGAAUUGAAAGCCGAAAACAUCAAAAAGUUCCUAUAUAAUUUUACACGGAUACCGCAUUUAGCAGGAACAGAACAAAACUUUGAGCUUGCAAAGCAAAUUCAAUCCCAGUGGAAAGAAUUUGGCCUGGAUUCUGUUGAGUUAGCCCAUUAUGAUGUCCUGUUGUCCUACCCAAAUAAGACUCAUCCCAACUACAUCUCAAUAAUUGAUGAAGAUGGAAAUGAGAUUUUCAAUACAUCAUUAUUUGAACCGCCUCCUCCGGGAUAUGAAAAUGUUUCAGAUGUUGUUCCACCUUUCAGUGCCUUCUCUCCACAAGGAAUGCCAGAGGGGGAUCUAGUGUAUGUUAACUAUGCACGAACUGAAGACUUCUUUAAACUGGAGAGGGACAUGAAAAUCAAUUGCUCUGGGAAGAUUGUGAUUGCCAGAUAUGGGAAAGUUUUCAGAGGAAAUAAGGUUAAAAAUGCCCAGCUGGCAGGGGCCAAAGCCGUCAUUCUGUACUCAGACCCUGCAGACUAUUUUGCUCCUGGUGUACAGUCCUAUCCAGAUGGUUGGAAUCUUCCUGGACGUGGUGUCCAGCGUGGAAAUAUCUUAAAUCUUAAUGGUGCAGGAGACCCUCUCACACCUGGCUACCCAGCAAAUGAAUAUGCUUAUAGACAUGAUAUUAGAGAGGCUGUUGGUCUUCCAAAUAUUCCUGUUCAUCCAAUUGGAUACUAUGAUGCACAAAAGCUCCUUGAACAUAUGGGUGGCUCAGCACCACCAGAUAGCAGCUGGAAAGGAGGUCUCAACGUGCCUUAUAAUGUGGGACCUGGCUUUACUGGAAACUUUUCUACACAAAAAAUAAAGAUGCACAUCCAUUCCAACAGUGAGGUGACGAGGAUUUACAAUGUGAUUGGUACCCUCAGAGGAGCUGUGGAACCAGACAGAUAUGUCAUUCUUGGAGGUCACCGAGACUCAUGGGUCUUUGGGGGCAUUGACCCUCAGAGUGGAGCAGCUGUUGUUCAUGAAAUUGUGAGGAGCUUUGGAACACUGAAAAAGGAAGGAUGGAGGCCUAGAAGAACAAUUUUGUUUGCAAGCUGGGAUGCAGAAGAAUUUGGUCUUCUUGGUUCUACUGAGUGGGCAGAGGAGAAUUCCAGAGUCCUUCAAGAACGUGGAGUGGCCUAUAUUAAUGCUGAUUCUGCUAUAGAAGGAAACUACACCUUAAGAGUUGAUUGUACGCCAUUGAUGUUUAGCUUGGUAUACAAUCUAACAAAAGAGCUUCAAAGCCCUGAUGAAGGUUUUAAAGGCAAAUCUCUUUAUGAGAGCUGGAGUGAAAAGAGUCCUUCACCUGAGUUCAGUGGCAUGCCCAGGAUUAGUAAAUUGGGAUCUGGUAAUGAUUUUGAGGUGUUCUUCCAAAGACUCGGAAUUGCUUCAGGCAGAGCACGGUAUACUAAAGAUUGGAAAACACACAAAUUCAGCAGCUAUCCACUGUAUCAUAGUGUCUACGAAACAUAUGAGUUGGUGGAAAAAUUUUAUGAUCCAACGUUUAAAUAUCACCUCACCGUGGCCCAGGUUCGAGGAGGGAUGGUGUUUGAAUUGGCCAAUUCCAUAGUACUUCCUUUUGACUGUCGAGAUUAUGCUAUAGUUUUAAAAAAAUAUACCGACAAAAUCUACAAUAUUUCAAUGAAACAUCCACAGGAAAUGAAAACAUACAGUGUAUCAUUUGAUGCACUGUUUUCUGCAGUAAAGAAUUUUACAGAAAUUGCUUCUAAGUUCAGCGAGAGACUUGAAGAUUUAGACAAAAGCAACCCAAUAUUAUUGAGGAUUAUGAAUGAUCAACUGAUGUUUCUGGAACGGGCAUUCAUUGAUCCUUUAGGGUUACCAGACAGGCCUUUCUAUAGGCAUGUCAUCUAUGCUCCAAGCAGCCACAACAAGUAUGCAGGAGAGUCAUUCCCAGGAAUUUAUGAUGCUUUGUUUGACAUUGAAAGCAAAGUGGACCCUUCCAAGGCCUGGGAAGAAGUGAAGAAACAAAUUUCUAUUGCAGCCUUCACUGUGCAGGCGGCUGCGGGGACUUUGAGAGAAGUAGCCUAGAGAGUUCUUUAGAAAACCGGUGUUGAAUUGGUAUGGCAUAUCCAUGAGUGUAUUGAUAAAUUAAGAAAUAAAAGUGGGAGAUUAUGUGGGGGGUGGGGAAUGUGUGUAUGUUUACCUUCUUCCUUGUUUUCCUCCCUGGGGAUCAAUAAAGAAGAAAAGAAAGUUUUUAUUGUGUAAUUAUGUUAUUCUAAAAUUGAAAAGUUGGACUGAGUGUUAAAAGUAAAGAGAAAAGCUUAGAAUAAUAAAACUCUUAUCCAAUAGUAUCAGGAAAUCAAGUGUAAUGCAGCAUUUCCAGAUCUAAUCACAUUACUGCAUACAUGGAAAAGCAUCAGUUUGUUAGGGAACACACAGGAACAGUGCAUGAGGUUACUCUGCCCAGAAGCCUGACCCUGCUUGUUGGUAGAUUCUGAUCUAAUCAUGCCUCUAGUAAACGUGGUCACUCUGUAUCACAGAGGACAAUUACUUUUGUAUUAUUAUUGUAUUGCACGCAUAUAUAAAUAAUCAAAUGAACAUUUGUAAAUCCAACAAGACAUAUUAAGAAAGGACCAUUUUCAAUAGUUUUGGAACUCAUGUUCUGCUGACCCAUUGUGCCUUUUGUGCCAGACAUAAUCACUUUUUAAAACUU